AUGCACCGCCCAACCCUCAGGGCAAAGGAUCGCGUUUAUUCGCGACGGCUGGCGUUAGCCCGGGCCGUGCAACGUCGCAAGAACCUCCUAUUUCACGACGGCGACGAAGGUGGGCCGAAUCGUCAGGCAGCGCGACAAAAGGCGUGGGAGGACGUGAAGUUGGAGUUGGUCAGCAAGGGGUUCGUCGAGUUCGCGAGCAAAAGCCAAAUGGACAUUCGCAAAACGGACUGGCAACAUGUCAGGCGAUAUGUGAUGGACAAGCGGAAACGAGAAGCUCACACCGGCAUCAUCGAGGAGCCCAUUACUGAGGUGAGGGUUGAGUUUGGGUCUAGGGGGAGGUUUCUUGGUUGUUAGUACAAUAUGUACGUGUAAUAGACAUCAUGUGGAGUCUUAAUGGUUGAUAGUAAAAUAUUAGGUUUUUCAAAUUAUUCUGUGCCUAUUAGCUAUAAAAAUUUGUUUUAAAGUGGGGCACAGCAUUAUUUAAACGACCUAAUAUACAUCAUGCAAGGUCUUUAAAAGUCAUUUUUAAAACUGCCAUAACUUAUGAACUAGUUAUCAAAAAUUGGUUUAAAUUUUUGUAUAAUGUCAGAAAUAUCAGUCUUUCCCGAAAAGAAUGUUACAAAACUGCACAGUGCAAUUUGAAGGAAUCGCUGUCGCGCCGAGAAUUGGGCGACAAGCGACAAGGUCUCCGACAGUCGCUUGCACCCGGCGACGUCCCAAUGGGAAUCGCAAUGUCGUAAGUGCAAAGCUUUGCGACAAACUGUCGUGUCGCGCUUCAAAUGGCGAUGCGACAAUGUGUCGCGGUUGUCGCAACGCUCAAGCCACAACUGUGUUCAAUGGAAGGAUUGCGACACGUUUUUUGACUGUUGCAAGUCAUUGAAUCCUGCGACAACCGACCGGUGCGGCACUGAAGGGAUUGCACUGUGCAAUCUUUCCUCACAUCGUUGGCUGUAUCGGGUGAUCGCGCGGGAAAUCUGCACUGUGCAGCGGAAUAAAAAGGGCGCGAUUUUCUCAGGGACUGCACCGUGCAGCUGUAACAUUCUUUAGUGGAAAGACUGAUACUAUUGCUAUCAAUUUCACACCAACUUAAAAUGCCAUUUCCAGCUCGAUGAAGUUGUGAUGGAGAUCGUUGGCGCCGAAGGCCUUCUGAAGGCCUCGACCCCGCUCCUCAACGAAUCCAUCGCGGAUCCGGUGAAGCGGGAAGAAACUCGAUCCAUUAAUGGCCACGAGAUCUCUUCUUCCGGCCUUCACGACGUGGCCAGCUCGGAUUCGGCCGACAACGAAGCCAGCGACAAUCUGCUCGAGGGUCGGCUCAACUCCGCCAAUAUCUUGUUCCCUCAGUUGUUGCAGGUAAGAGGGGCAGUUUAAAGUACUGUAUUUAUUAUUUGGUUGAGGUUUUGAAAAUCUGAGCUUUCGAGAAAUUUAAAAUUUUUGAAAUGAAAAAACGUAUUGACUUUUAUAUUAAUGUUGACAUAGAUACAAAGUGCUAUUUCAAUGUUUUUUAAAGCAAAACAUCUAAUUUAUACGAUUUUUAAAAGACUUUAAAGCUCUAUUGUAGUCUUUAACUGGUGCUUUUGUUUAAAAUUUAAAUAUUUAAAUUUCCCGCCAAUUUGGGAAACUUUGGCAUUGUGUUUCAAGCACUUUUUUUGACUUUCCAAACAAGCUAGGCUUACAAAUUAAAAAAUUUAAGUUGAUUUAGAAGGUUUUCUACUAGUAUAUCAAAGAAAAAUGAUUAAAAGUCAAAAAAUGACAAAUUUGUAAGCUUGAAACACAAUGCCAAUUUGGCGGGAAUUUCAAAACUUAAUGUUUUGAUCUCGAUUCUUUCGAGAUUUCCUGGAAAACGCUUUAGUACUGUCUGUGUGAAUAUUAUUUAUACAAAAAUAAUCUAAUUUUUCCACAAUAGCAACCCCAAUUUUGUACAUAUUGGUACUAACGACCUUGUUUUAGUCAUUCCAAGACUCGCCCUCCUUUGUGAAUCAGCUCAACUUCAAUCAGGCGUCGGAUGAUCGUGACUUUGAAAACAGAAUCCGAGAGUAUCGAGUACAACGGGAGGAGUAUCAGACGAUGACAGAGAAGAUACGAAACGAGAUCGAAGCCGAGCGAUUGAUCCAGGAGAAGAUCAGGACAAAGCUGUUGAUGAAUGAGUUGGCCAAAACUGACCCCGCCUCUCUCAAUGAGUUAAUGAAAAACGGGCAAAAGGAGUCUUAG